CACAGUUCCUUAUUUUCAUGGAAUGACUGCUACUAGAUGUCGUUUUGAAGUUUUGACUGGAAUAAAUCCGAGAGUACUUCUAAAAUAAUAUUUUAGUUAUGAAUAUGCGAAAAUACUCUCACUUGACUUGAAUGAAUUUUUAGUAAUAUUAUUUUAGAAAUUUGAAUUGUUCGGUCGGAACUUUAAUCCUCUUUUUUCAAAUUAUUGGUGCUCCAAAAAGGCUGUCAACAUGCAGAGUAUUAAGCUCUUCAAGAAAUUCCUGAUGCCGGGUGGGCUCUGCGCUGCAGUGCCAAUGGCGAAGCCUCAGCCAACAUCUCCAGAUAAACCAGUGGAGUGCAGUAGCGAAGUUUCACCGAAAAGGUUGAUUCGCCCUUCGGAACUGCCGAUUUACGUGCACGAACCGGCGAGUCAACAAAUUCCAUGUGUUAAUAAUCAGGAUUCGCCGAGCAUGUUGGAGCAGGGAUUCGGAACUGUUCGAAAUAACGUUCAGGGAGUUUUAAAUGAAUACACUAUGGUCACUAGUACAGUUAGUGAUAAAUUCAAUACGGCAGUGGAACACAGUCAGU